CUCCAUCACCUUUGUUUUCUAUAUGUUAUGUUUAUGAGAGAGAGCUAGAAGGUUGAGAGAAAGAUUGGAUUUUUUUCAUCUGUAAACGAGUUUAGUCUUUGGUUUGAAGAGAACCCAUUUGAGUAUAUGAACCAGUGAGAAAAGGGUCGAGCUCGUUUCAAGAGAAGGAUUUGAUUUUUGGCUUUGGUGAUCGUUUAGAAAUGGCUAUUCAAGCACAGUUGUAUCAGGAUAAUCUUGGGUUUCCUUUGUUUGGUUCACAGGAUUUGAUGAUGAUGCCGGUUCCGGAUGUUGUUAAUGGCUGUGGUGCUAAUAAUAGCUUUGGUUUUAAUCAGUUUUGUUUCAAUGUUCCUCAAAAAAAUCAACAACAAGUUCUGAUGCCUGAGUUGCAGAAUCUUCAACCGAGAAACGACAACGUUUGGUUCGAUAACACUAAAAACAACACUAGUAAUACAAUUACUCCUACUCCUUCAACAAUGGCUUUUUCUCAUAGUGUAAUGGAUCAAGUUGAGAAGCAAAGACAAGAAAUCGAUCAAUAUGUGAAAUUCCAGAAUGAGAGAUUGAGAUUAUUGAUUCAAGAGCAAAGAAAGCAACAAUUUUUAUCGUUAAUAAAGAAAGUUGAGCCUAAACUAUUGGGACUACUGAGAUAUAAGGACGAAGAACUAUUUCAAGCAACGAAGAGAUCAAUGGAGCUCGAAGAUUUACUGAGAAAGUUAGAAACUGAGAAUCAAAUAUGGCAGAGAGUGGCUCAAGAGAACGAAGCCAUGGUUAUGUCAUUGAACAACUCACUAGAGGAAGCUAGAGAGAGAGCUCUGUGUUGUUUCAACAAUGGCGCCGAAGACGCCGAGUCUUGUUGUGACGUGGGUAUGGAAGAAGAAGAAAACAGGGAAGUAGCAGGACAGGAACAAAACGACGACGUAAUAGUAGUAACAGAGGAGAACAGAGAACACAAAACGACAAUGGUUUGCAAAGCCUGUAAUUCUCGAAGCUCGAGCGUUCUUUUCCUACCUUGCAGGCACCUUUGUUCAUGUAAAAUUUGUGAACCCUUUCUCGAUUCUUGCCCAGUGUGUAGAACUACGAAGAAGGCUAGUAUAGAGGCUUUAAUUUUCUAGGCUACUUUCCCGGAAAAACAAGAAAGAAAAUUGUAAAAAAAAAAAAAAAAAGCUUAGAUUUUAAGCAUAGCUGAUGAUCAUUAAGGAUAUGGAUGCACAUAAACUGAUAACACCCCAUUUUCGAUGCAAGGAUUGGUUUUUUUUUUUCCUAAAUUAAAAUAUUUUAUUUAUUUAUUUAUUUAUUUGUUUCUUUUUAGGGACUCUGAACAUGGAUUUGUUUUGUACCUUAAACAACCAAAAUGAAUUGAGCCAGAGUUUUUAGUACAUUAAAGAGCAUCUUUACUUUUCA